CUUUUGCUCUUGGGUUUAUAAAGUUCGAAGGAAAAUGGGGACUUUAUUGGGUCUGAUCUCAAUUGGACUGUUUCCUUAGCGGAUUUCAAUUUCCAAAUUCACCAAAAUUAGACCCGUAAGCUCCAAAUUCGUCAAACCCGAACAAAACCCGAAGUCCGUUCAUUCAUUUAUAUGUUUUUAUAUCACCCGGAGGCCAAUGGCGACUGCUUCGAAAGGUUCUUAUAUAAAACGAGACGCCUAGUCUUCCUUGGAUGAAGUUUCUACUGCACAGUUAAUCCUCAAAAAAAAUAGGAGGAAAAAAAGCAAGGGUUUCAGAAACGCACAAAUUGUUGCAGCCGUGAUCGUGGAAAAGAGGAAUAAUAAAAUGUUGGUUCAGCUUCCUCGGUUGACAAAUUCUUUAAGGGAACCGUUCGAUAUCGACCAAGCUUAUCUCCAGCGCAAGAUCAUCCUUGAAACCCAGAAAAAAUCUAUCAAUUCAGGAAACUCCCUUGAUGAGUUAGAGCUUGCAAGGAAGAUAGUUCAUCAAUGGGAAGAAGCUUCUGUAGAAGUGAGACAAGUAUACAAACAGUUCAUUGGGGCAGUGGUGGAGCUGAUUGAUGGAGAUGUACCUUCUGAAGAGUUCCGUGAGGUUGUGUUGACUGCUUAUCGUCUUUUUAGUGGGUCAGUGGAAGUGGAUGAAGUUGAUAAAAACAUAAAUGAGAAGACGGUAGAAUUGCAGAAAGUUAUUGGUCAUGGAGUUUCACAUGCUAAUGUGCGGAAGGUGUCCUCUUUGGUACAGAAGCUAUCUCAGUCUCAACCAAGAGACAGUGGGGCCAUACUUGGUUCUGAAAAGCAUGUAAAUGGAAGUGGAGAUGAUUCAGAAUUUGGUGCUGACCUUGCCUUUAAAGCACCAGCCCGGUUUUUGGUGGAUGUUUCUUUGGAGGAUGUGGAAUUACUGGGUGAGGAAAGCAUUGCACCUUCUUCUUCAUUUAUUGAAGGAUGGCAUGAUAAAAAUGGCCCUAUAAAUUAUCAUGGCAAUACUGAUAGUAGAAACUUCAAUUUAAGUUGGUUAAGAGAUUCAUGUGAACUAAUUGUUAGAGGGAGUACUUCACAACUUUCCCGAGAUGACCUGGCUAUGGCAAUCUGUCGGGUACUUGAUUCAGACAAACCUGGUGAAGAGAUAGCUGGCGAUUUAUUGGACCUUGUCGGGGAUAGCGCAUUUGAAACUGUUCAAGACCUUUUAUCGCAUCGAAAGGAGCUUCUUGAAGCUAUUCAUCAUGGAUUAUCUGUAUUGAAAUCUGAAAAAUUGACUUCAAGUUCUCAGUCACGCAUGCCCAGCUACGGGACCCAGGUGACUGUCCAAACAGAGUCUGAGAAGCAGAUUGAUAAACUGCGGCGCAAGGAGGAAAAGCGUAACAGACGUGCAACGGAAUAUGGGGCUGAGAAUGAUAUGUCAGCUGCAAGCUUUUCUUCUUUACUUCAAGCGAGUGAGAAGAGAAGUCCGUUUGAAGAUUUGAUUGGAUCUGGUCAAGGGUCUAAUUCUGUGGCAGUAACUGCCCUUCCACUGGGGACUGUACGGAAGCAUUUUAAGGGGUAUGAGGAGGUGAUUAUAACCCCAACACCAACUGCUCAAAUGAAACCUGGAGAAAAGCUGAUUGAGAUAAAGGAGUUGGAUGACUUCGCUCAAGCUGCUUUUCGGGGUUACAAAUCUCUGAAUCGUAUUCAGAGUCGGAUAUUCCAAACCGUAUAUCACACUAAUGAGAAUAUAUUAGUUUGUGCACCAACUGGAGCAGGCAAGACAAACAUAGCCAUGAUAUCUAUCCUACAUGAGAUUGGGCAGCAUUUCAAGGAUGGCUACUUGCAUAAAGAUGAAUUUAAGAUCGUUUAUGUUGCUCCUAUGAAGGCAUUAGCUGCUGAGGUCACAUCAACAUUUAGUCAACGCUUAUCUCCAUUGAAUAUGUGUGUGAGAGAACUUACUGGAGACAUGCAACUUUCUAAGAAUGAACUUGAAGAAACUCAGAUGAUAGUUACAACACCUGAGAAAUGGGAUGUUAUUACUCGCAAAAGUAGUGAUAUGUCACUCUCAAUGCUGGUGAAGCUCUUGAUUAUUGAUGAAGUGCAUCUUCUAAAUGAUGAUAGAGGUCCAGUAAUAGAAGCUCUAGUGGCUAGAACUCUUCGUCAGGUGGAGUCGACACAGUCAAUGAUACGAAUUGUUGGCCUUUCAGCUACUCUACCUAAUUACUUAGAGGUUGCACAGUUCCUUAGAGUGAAUGCAGAGACUGGCCUUUUUUUCUUUGAUUCUAGUUAUCGUCCAGUUCCGCUUGCUCAACAAUAUAUUGGAAUUAGUGAGCAGAACUUUGUUGCCCGUAAUGAAUUAUUGAAUGAGAUAUGCUAUAAGAAGGUGGUUGAUUCCUUAAGGCAAGGUCACCAGGCGAUGGUGUUUGUUCAUUCAAGGAAGGAUACUGUCAAAACAGCUGAGAAGCUGGUUGAGCUUGCUCGAAAGUAUGAGGGUCUUGAGCUUUUCAAGAAUGAUGCCCAUCCCCAGUUCUCCUUAAUCAAGAAGGAAGUUGUUAAGUCAAGAAACAAAGAUCUAGUUCAGCUUUUUGAUUUUGGAGUUGGUGUGCAUCAUGCUGGUAUGUUACGUUCUGAUAGGGGGCUUACUGAGAGGCUUUUCUCUGAUGGAAUCUUGAGGGUACUUGUUUGCACAGCUACCUUGGCCUGGGGUGUUAAUUUGCCUGCUCACACGGUUGUCAUCAAGGGGACUCAAUUAUAUGAUCCAAAGGCUGGUGGGUGGCGAGACCUGGGCAUGCUAGAUGUUAUGCAGAUAUUUGGAAGGGCAGGUCGACCUCAGUUUGACAAAAGUGGUGAGGGCAUCAUAAUUACAUCUCAUGACAAACUAGCCUACUAUCUGCGAUUGUUGACAAGCCAACUUCCUAUAGAAAGUCAGUUUAUCAGCUCGUUGAAAGAUAAUUUAAAUGCAGAGGUAGCAUUGGGUACUGUAACUAAUGUCAAGGAGGCUUGCGCAUGGCUUGGGUACACCUAUCUAUUUAUCAGGAUGAGGUUGAACCCACUGGCAUAUGGCAUCGGAUGGGAUGAGGUUGUUGCAGAUCCUUCUUUGAGUUUAAAGCAAAGAGCUCUAGUAACAGAUGCUGCACGUGCACUAGACAAAGCUAAAAUGAUGCGUUUUGAUGAGAAAAAUGGGAAUUUCUAUUGUACAGAGCUUGGUCGUAUUGCAAGUCACUUCUAUAUCCAAUAUUCUAGUGUUGAAACUUACAAUGAAAUGCUCAGGCGCCAUAUGAGUGACAGUGAGGUAAUUGAAAUGGUUGCCCAUUCUUCUGAAUUUGAAAACAUUGUUGUUCGAGAAGAGGAGCAGAAUGAGCUAGAGAUGCUGGCGCGCACAUCAUGCCCAUUAGAAGUUAGGGGGGGGCCUUCAAACAAGCAUGGGAAAAUUUCAAUUCUCAUUCAGCUGUACAUAUCACGUGGCUCCAUUGAUUCCUUUUCGUUGGUAUCUGAUGCUGCAUAUAUAAGUGCUAGUUUGGCUCGCAUCAUGCGUGCUUUGUUUGAAAUAUGCUUGCGCAGAGGCUGGUGUGAGAUGACAUUAUUCAUGUUGGAAUACUGCAAGGCCGUGGAUCGCCAAAUUUGGCCUCAUCAACAUCCGCUCAGACAAUUUGAUAAAGAUCUUUCACUAGAAAUAUUAAGGAAGCUUGAAGAACGAGGGGCUGACUUGGAUCGUCUUCAUGAGAUGGAAGAAAAAGACAUUGGUGCACUGAUUCGUUAUGCACCUGGAGGAAGGUUGGUUAAGCAAUAUUUAGGAUAUUUCCCUUGGGUCCAGUUAUCAGCGACUGUGAGUCCAAUAACUAGGACUGUUUUAAAGGUAGAUUUGCUUAUAUCUUCUGACUUUAUUUGGAAAGAUCGAUUUCACGGUGCUGCACAACGUUGGUGGAUACUUGUUGAGGACACUGAGAAUGAUCACAUCUACCACUCGGAGCUUUUUACACUGACAAAGAAGAUGGCUAGAGCAGAAUCUCAGAAGCUUUCCUUUACCGUACCAAUAUUUGAACCACAUCCUCCUCAGUACUACAUUCGUGCUGUUUCUGAUUCUUGGUUGUAUGCUGAGGCUUUCUACACUAUAUCAUUCCAAAAUCUAAGACUGCCAGAGGCUCUUACCACUCAUACAGAGCUUCUUGAUUUGAAGCCUCUGCCUGUAACUUCACUCGGCAACAGCACUUAUGAAUCAUUGUAUAGCUUUUCACAUUUUAAUCCGAUACAAACGCAGAUCUUUCAUGUCCUGUAUCACACAGAUAACAAUGUUCUAUUAGGAGCUCCUACGGGUAGCGGGAAAACUAUAUCGGCUGAACUUGCUAUGCUGCACCUCUUCAAUACCCAACCUGAUAUGAAGGUUAUCUACAUAGCACCUUUGAAGGCCAUUGUACGGGAAAGGAUGCAUGAUUGGAGGAAGCGUCUUGUCUCUCAGCUUGGGAAAGAAAUGGUUGAAAUGACUGGAGAUUAUACUCCAGAUUUGAUGGCCCUGUUGUCUGCUGAUAUUAUCAUAUCUACUCCUGAAAAGUGGGAUGGUAUUAGUCGGAAUUGGCAUAGUCGAAGCUAUGUCACAAAGGUUGGACUUAUGAUAUUGGAUGAGAUUCACUUACUGGGAGCUGAUCGUGGACCCAUACUGGAGGUUAUUGUUUCAAGGAUGAGAUACAUAUCAUCACAAACAGAGCGUGCAGUACGGUUUGUUGGGCUCUCCACGGCUUUGGCAAAUGCAGGUGAUUUGGCUGAUUGGUUGGGUGUUGGUGAAAUUGGGCUCUUCAACUUUAAACCAAGUGUGAGACCUGUACCUCUUAAAGUUCAUAUCCAGGGAUAUCCUGGAAAGUACUACUGCCCAAGAAUGAAUAGUAUGAAUAAACCAGCAUAUGCUGCAAUAUGCACCCAUUCACCGACGAAACCAGUUCUUAUUUUUGUUUCGUCUCGGCGUCAGACAAGGCUGACUGCUUUGGACCUUAUUCAGUAUGAAGCAUCAGACGAAAAUCCAAGGCAAUUUUUGAGUAUGCCAGAAGAAGCUUUGCAGAUGGUACUUUCCCAGGUUACUGAUCAAAACCUGAGGCAUACCUUACAGUUUGGCAUUGGAUUGCAUCAUGCUGGACUAAAUGACAAAGAUAGAUCUCUUGUUGAGGAGCUUUUUUCCAACAACAUGAUCCAGGUUUUGGUUUGUACAAGCACAUUAGCUUGGGGUGUAAAUCUUCCAGCCCAUUUGGUUAUUAUCAAGGGGCUCCACUUUCUGGCUGCUGAUGCAAGUGGAUCUCAGCAUGAGGGAACAGAGUAUUAUGAUGGGAAAACAAAGAGGUAUGUUGAUUUCCCCAUUACAGAUAUUUUGCAAAUGAUGGGUCGAGCCGGUCGUCCUCAAUAUGAUCAGCAUGGGAAGGCAGUUAUUCUUGUUCAUGAACCCAAAAAGAGCUUUUACAAAAAGUUCCUAUAUGAACCAUUUCCAGUUGAGAGUAGCCUGAGGGAGCAGUUGCAUGAUCACAUGAAUGCAGAGAUUGUUUCUGGAACAAUAUGUCAUAAAGAAGAUGCUGUUCAUUAUCUUACUUGGACCUACUUGUUCCGGAGACUGAUGGUUAAUCCUGCAUACUAUGGCUUGGAGAGUGGAGAAGAUGAAACAUUGAGUUCGUAUUUGUCCAGAUUGGUGCAAAGCACCUUUGAGGAUCUAGAAGAUAGUGGGUGCAUCAAAAUGACUGAAGACAGUGUAGAGCCUAUGAUGUUGGGAACAAUAGCAUCUCAGUAUUACCUUAGUUACAUGACUGUAUCAAUGUUUGGGUCAAACAUUGGACCAGACACGUCUCCUGAAGUGUUCUUGCAUAUUUUGUCGGGUGCUUCUGAGUAUGAUGAACUUCCUGUGCGACAUAAUGAGGAAAACUAUAAUGAAGCAUUGUCUAAGAGAGUCCGGUAUACGGUGGAUCAAAAUCGGCUUGAUGAUCCACAUGUCAAAGCAAACCUUCUAUUCCAGGCACAUUUUUCCCAGUUAGAUUUACCAAUCAGCGACUAUGUGACUGACUUAAAGUCAGUGUUGGACCAAAGCAUACGCAUCAUUCAAGCUAUGAUAGAUAUAUGUGCCAAUAGUGGAUGGCUUACAAGUUCGAUUGCUUGCAUGCAUCUAUUGCAGAUGGUCAUGCAGGGUUUGUGGUUUGAUCAGGAUUCAGCCCUCUGGAUGUUGCCGUGUAUGAAUAAUGAACUUGCUGGCUCAUUGUGCAAGAGAGGAAUUUCCACCGUACAGCAACUAUUAGAUCUUCCUAAGGCAACAUUGCAAACUGUGAUCGGAAACUUCCCUGCUUCAAAAUUAUAUCAGGAUCUGCAGCAUUUCCCCUGUAUACGAGUCAAAUUAAAACUGCUGAAGAAGGGCACUGAGAGCAAAAAGUCUCUUCAACUGAACGUCAGAUUGGAGAAGACAAAUUUGAGGCGGAAUAUGUCAAGGGCAUUUGCCCCUCGUUUCCCUAAGAUUAAAGAUGAAGCAUGGUGGCUGAUUCUUGGUAACACCAGUACUGCUGAACUAUAUGCUCUGAAGAGAGUUUCUUUCUCCGAUCGCUUAGUUACCCACAUGGAGUUACCAUCAGAUGUGACCUUGAUUCAGGGGAUGAAACUAAUUAUAGUUUCAGAUUGCUAUAUUGGUUAUGAGCAAGAACACUCCAUUGAAAAUCUUGCUGCAUAAUGCUUGGAAGUUGGGACCCAAGAUUAUUCAAAUUCACCAUCUUGAAUCAACCAACAUUACUAGUUUGCUAUCAUGGAAUUAAAGUGUAGAAUGGGAAAAGCACUUGGAAGGUUGAAAGAUCAAAGCUAAAAGGUGCAAAAUUGAAGCUGGAAGCUAAAAAUGGGAAGCUGAACAUGAGCAAUGUAGCCGUUUGAAGCCACAAGCCAUGUGUGAGCUGAUGAUUCAGCAUGAAAAUAAUUCUAGAAUUUUAGAAUAUAGUCAGGGCUAAGUUCUGUUGUCAAAUGUACUAGCAGUAUAUAUAUAUGUAAGAGAGAGAGUACCCUAAUGUACUGACGAAAUUAUGAUGAAUUAUCAGAAAAUUUGCCUUUUUAUCUAAA